AUGCACGACUUAUCGAAGCCAAAUAGUAAAUUACACGUGUGUAAUGAUACGAACACUCAAAUUAAUACGUCUAGGAAACAAGAUUAUCUAUUUGCUUCGACAACACCCGAAAAUCUACUCAACAGGGAUGAAUCGAAAUCAAGGAUAUCAUUAGGUCCAUCAUCUUCCUCAGAUUUUAACUACGAUAUGAAUGGUAACAAUAGAGAAUAUUCAUACGACCAAGAAUCUGUUGGAUCAUCAAUAGCUUCCCACAACAAUAUCUCAAGACCACAAUCUAGAGCUUCUGUUACCUCAGGGUUAUCUACGACUGCUGCCAAAGAUGGAAUUGAGGGAAAAAGAGUAUUAAGAGCUGGUAUUAGUCCUUACUCUUUGAACCUGUUAAAUGCGUUAAAUGCUGUCAACGUGAAUAAGUCGCUAUCAUCCCAUAAUUUAUUUAAGAAUAAUAAUGAAAGCAACAACAGUAAUAGUAAUUCAAUUGAAAAUGACAAUCCUUUUGCUUCCCCUAUGACCAUAAGAGAAAAAAUGAAAUUAUUGAAUAUAGACAAGAGAAGUCCCGUUCCUUCCCAAUUUGGCUCAAUGAGAGGCGAUGAUCCGGUAAACACUUCUAUUUCCAGUGAAAAUAUUGAAAGACCAAAUAUAGAAAGUUUAUUGAAAGAAUCGCUCAUUGGGGAACGUGGUUUAGGGAACCAAUUACAUUUAACUUCUAAUAAUGAGAGAACGUUGGAAUCUUUCAGCAAUGCUAGUACUAUUGGCGAUGAUUAUUCAUAUUUGCAAGAUGGCUUUUCAAAUACUUCCACUUCAUUGGUACCUACGACCACAGAAAGUGUAAUUUCAGCUGGCAACAGUGAACGUGAUGCUUAG